CGGCGUCGCGCGGCGUCCGUCGCGUCGUCUCGCGCGCGUCGUCGACGGCGUCUCGACGCGCGCGAUCGCGGCGCGCCGAUCCGACGCGUCGACGCGCGAUCGCGAGCGCGCGAUGAGCGACGCGGAGGACGAAGAUCUCACCGCGAUCGUCGAGGCGGGCGAGGACGCGGUCGACCGGAGCGUGCACCCGAGCGGGAUCGUGCCGGUGCUGCAGAAUAUCGUGGCGACGGUGAACCUGGACUGUAAGCUGGAUCUGAAGACGAUCGCGUUUCACGCGAGAAACGUCGAGUAUAAUCCAAAGCGAUUCGCGGCGGCGAUCAUGCGGAUUCGUAAUCCGAAGACGACGGCGUUGAUUUUCAGCUCGGGCAAGAUGGUGUGCACGGGCGCGAAGACGGAGGCGUUGGCGCGCGAGGCGGCGCGAAAAUACGCCAAGGUCAUCAUCAAGCUCGGAUUUCCCGCGCAAUUCAAAGACUUUAAGAUUCAAAACAUGGUCGGUUCGUGCGACGUGCAGUUUCCGAUUCGAUUGGAAGGCUUGGCUUGGCAGCACGGCCACUUCGCGCAGUACGAGCCCGAACUCUUUCCGGGUUUGAUUUACCGCAUGCAAAUGCCCAAGAUUGUGCUCUUAAUCUUCGUGUCGGGGAAGAUUGUGUUGACCGGCGGCAAGCGUCGCGAGGAUAUAUACCAGGCGUUCGAGAAUAUAUACCCCGUGCUCACAGAGUUUAAAAAGCUCGCGCAGCCGGACGAAGCCGCCGCGGCGCCCAAGGCGCUCCCGGCGGCCAAGGGGAAAAAAUAGAGCGAUCAGCACCAAAUAGAAACACACACACAGAGGGGAGAGAGAAAGAGGGAAACGCAGCGCGCGCGCGCGGAGACGGAGACAGAGGAGAGGAGAAGAGAGAGAAGAGAAGAGAAGAGACGGAGGAGAAUUUCAAACCAAAAGUAGUAGAGCUAGCCGACGCGCGUCGCAUCUCGAGACCACCGCGCGCGCGUGUCGCGGUCCGGGCGUUCGUCCCACCGCGCGCCCGCGCGUUUCUCGAGUCGCGCACGCCGAUACAACAUUCGCCUCAUCGCGACGACGAGAGCUCGUCCGCGCGUGUAAUCGCGAACCAACGUCAAAACCAUCAA